ACAAUAAAAUACUACUGCCAUUAAUAGAUACAAUAAAAAAUAACAGUAAUAAUUAAUGUUCAUGUCCGUAUGCAAUGAGAGAGAGAGAGAGUGAUGGGGGUAGGUGUGGGAUUGAAUCUCCGUCACGCACAAGACUCGUUGUCAUGUUCCAUUUCCUCAAAAUCCUUAACCAACCAACCAAUAUAUAAACCCUUUAACCCUUCCCUGUCUUCUCUCAGCUCUUCAAAGAGAAGGAACACCAAGUUUCAGAGUACAGAGAAAGCAGAGCCCCAAUCAGCAAAUUCAAGCAGUACUAGAACCAAUAGGCAACUAAAAUCCCCUUUCCAACCCUAAUUUAUCUUCUUAAUUAAUUUCAUUUAAGUCCUUUAAUAUGCAGACCCUCAAUCAACCGUGCCCCAACCCUCUCAACUAUCUAACCCGAGCGCGACACUCGGCUAUUCGGUUCGCGCCGACCCGAUUCACCGUCAAAUGCGGCUACGGCUUUGAAUCCGCGAGUUUCUCGCAGGGAGUCGGCGCGAGCCGAGCCGAUUGGCAAAGCUCGUGCGCCAUCUUAGCCAGUAAAGUCGUGUCGCAGAGGGAAGAUUCUCCCGCCCACGGCGGCGACAACAACAACAACGUCGGCGCCGUGAACGGCCACAACGCCGCCGUAACGAAUCUAAAUCUCGUACCUGUCAAAGCCGAUGAUGAAAACAUCAAGCCGAUUCCGCCGAAGCCGCUCACGAUCUCCGACCUGUUGCCGGCGCCGAUGCACGGCUCGCAGCUGCGCGUGGCGUACCAAGGCGUUCCCGGCGCGUACUCCGAAGCCGCGGCGGGGAAAGCGUAUCCGAACGGAGAGGCGAUUCCGUGUGACCAGUUCGAGGUGGCGUUUCAAGCGGUGGAGCUCUGGAUCGCGGAUCGGGCGGUUUUACCGGUCGAAAACUCCUUCGGCGGCUCGAUCCACCGCAAUUACGACCUCCUCCUCCGCCACCGCCUCCACAUCGUCGGCGAGGUCCAGCUCCCAGUGCACCACUGCCUCCUCGCUCUCCCCGGCGUCCGCAAGGAGUCCCUCGAGCGCGUGAUCUCACAUCCGCAGGCCUUAGCGCAGUGCGAGCACUCACUUACAAAACUCGGCCUCACCGUGGCGCGUGAGGCCGUCGACGAUACUGCCGGCGCUGCCGAGUUCGUCGCCAAGAACGACCUCCGCUCCACGGCGGCGAUCGCGAGCGCGCGCGCGGCGGAGCUCUACGGCCUCCAGAUCCUGGCCGACGGAAUCCAGGAUGAUCCGAAUAACGUGACGCGGUUCGUGAUGCUGGCGCGCGAACCGAUCAUUCCGCGCACGGAUCGGCCGUUCAAGACGAGCAUCGUGUUCGCGCACGAUAAAGGAACCUCAGUGCUCUUCAAAGUGCUUUCCGCGUUUGCGUUCAGAAACAUAAGCUUAACAAAGAUCGAGUCCAGGCCUCACCGUAGCCGUCCGAUUCGCGUGGUUGAUGAUGAGAGUGAAGGAACCGCGAAGCACUUUGAGUAUCUGUUUUACAUUGAUUUCGAAGCUUCUAUGGCUGAGGUUAGGGCACAGAACGCACUCGCUGAGGUUCAAGAAUUCACUUCCUUCUUGCGAGUCUUGGGGAGUUACCCUAUCGAUAUGUCACCCUGGACUCCCUCUUGUCCGCGCCAAAAUUAACAUAUUGCCAACAACUUCUUCUACAUUCCCUUCCAUUUCUAACAAAAAUUACAUAAUAAUAAUAUAUCAAAAUCAAACCUUAUUUUUAGUUCGUUAAGAUUUAUAUUUUUUAAAUAAAAAAAAUUAAUGCGUUGAUUGCAGAUUUGGGUCAAAAAAUUUUGUAUUGCAAAAAUGUGCUUAUGUGUUUGGACUUUGCUGUUCGCCAUGUUGAGGGUGACGAAUAUUUUAUGUUUGAAAUUUUUGCACGUGUAAAACGAAAGGGGAUAGAAUAUUCCGCUUGGCAUCUCACUAGGUAUUUUCAUAUUCA